UCAUUCCGUGAGUGGAAGGCCAGCAGAGUGCCCGAAAACGCACAGGGGCUCGAGAACCACCACUGUUUCCAUCCUGACAAAAAGAAGACUGCUCAUACCUUGGCAUCUACUGGACAAACCUUCCAAAUGCCCGUUCUUUGAUAUUCUUUGCUCUUUGACAGAGUUCGCUGAACUGCACACAACAGAGAUAAAGACCUUUGCAGAGAAAAAGAGGAAGACUAGCAGACGUGCAUGGUGGUAGUUACACUAUACGGUGUACUUGAAAUCAGGCGUUACAUGUGAUGCUUGUGGUAGGAACUUCCUGCUUCGGCUCUCCCCCUGCGAAACAAUCACUUUAUUCCCCCGAGUUGUACCAUGCUGUUUGGCAAGAGGUUAUUUUCUCCAGAAACAAGUCAAGCAGCUGAGCGUGUGGGAUGAAAAGGCAAAGAAAGCUAAGAAGAGGAAAAAACAACAAUGCUGAGGAGCCACCAGGUGGUCUAUAUAGGCUUGGAGCUGGUGAUCGCUCUCCUGGCUGUGGCUGGGAACAUCCUGGUCUGCUGGUCUGUCUGCCUCAAUUCCAACCUGCAGAGUAUCACCAACUACUUUGUGGUGUCACUGGCUGUGGCCGAUAUUGCCGUUGGGCUGCUUGCCAUUCCUUUUGCCAUCACAAUCAGUGUGGGUUUUUGUGCUGACUUCUUUGGCUGCCUGUUCAUCGCUUGUUUCGUUCUCGUGCUCACUCAGAGCUCUAUCUUCAGUCUGCUGGCUAUUGCUGUGGACCGCUACAUUGCUAUCAACAACCCACUCAGGUACAACAGCUUAGUGACUGGUCAGAGGGCAAAGGGCAUCAUCGCUCUAUGCUGGGUUCUCUCAGUUAGCAUCGGCCUCACCCCAAUGUUUGGCUGGAACACAGGUUGGAACUCCACCAUCACUACCAGUGGAAACAACAGCUGCGCCGAAGGGAUGACGCAGUGCUUGUUUGAGAAAGUGGUUACCCUGGACUACAUGAUUUAUUUCAAUUUUUUCGGCUGUGUCCUGGUUCCUCUGUUGGUCAUGCUGGUCAUCUAUGCACAUAUUUUCAUGGCAGCGAGGCGGCAGCUCCGACGGAUGAGUCUCAAAGUUUCACACACGCCUGGUUCUGGAAGGAGAGCCACAUCUUCAAGCUCAACUCGUUCGAUUCUGCAGAAAGAAGUGCAUGCAGCAAAAUCCCUGGCCAUCAUUGUGGGUCUCUUUGCUUUUUGUUGGCUUCCCCUGCAUAUCAUCAAUUGUUUCAACUACUUGUGUAAGAACUGUGAGCGCCCUCACAUCUGGGUGAUGAACAUUGCUAUCAUCCUCUCCCAUGCUAACUCUGUUGUGAACCCCUUUAUCUAUGCAUACCGCAUUCGGGAGUUCAGACACACUUUUCGAAGGAUUUUGUACCAGCAUGUUCUGAGACAGAGGAAUGGACAUGGAAUUGGGGUCACUGACGGUAGAGGGGCUGGAAGCGAAAGCAUCAGACGGACUUCCCGCACAAGUAAAGAGGGUUCAUCGUGCGGCACCGUGGUAAACAGUUACGUCCUUGACCCCAGCCCUGAUCGGACUACACGAAAAACGACUCUUGAACUUUCUUGUCGUUGGAUGUCAAAUUUUGAUCUUGUGCCAAACAGCUUCAUAGUGAAUGGACACCGAGGAAAGAGUGACACCUCAUCAGCAGGUCAGGAGCAGCCAUGUGUGGCACAGGAUAGAGUGGAGUCAGCCAUGUUGAAGGGAGCAGAUGUUUCUGAACUGAGAGACGGGGGCUGCAUUGCUUUUGUGAACGUGCAAGCUCUUUCCCCGAUGAAAACGUCCGAAAACACUUGCAUUGCAAAUACCAGAAAAGUCACAUGACAAAAAUGCAUUGAGGAUUUGAAAAUGUUUUACCGUCAUUACACAAUAUAUUGCAACCAUGACAACAUGAAGAAAGAUGGUUUCAGCUUGAAAUACUUGACACCAACAGCAACACUUUCCAUUUUUUCUGAAGUAUUUACAAUAAAUAUUUGCAAGGAAAUUAAUAAUUUCAUUAACCAUUUUUAAGUUGGAUAAGACGUACGGUAAGUGCACUCAUUUGCUGAAAGAGAACCAUUUGGAGACUUAAUAAAAGCACAUGUUUUAUUCAAAUGCUGGGAUAUGUUAUGUCACAUGAGUUAUUCAAGAUAAAUGCUAUUUCAUAUGAUAUGUAGAAGAUUGGUACAUUAAUGUAGAGAAAGUAAUAUUCAGUGUCCAUAGAGAGUUUUCGAACCCCUUGCAACUUUCCCUAUUGUGUUAGGUUUUUUCCUCAUUAUAAAAGUAAUUAAGUUAUUUUCUCAUCAGUAUACUUACAGUGCUCUAAAAUGACAAAGCAAUAACA